CGCGUAUAUAAACUGGCAACAGCUGUGGCUGCUGCUCAUUCAUUGUUAUUAACGCGGCAGGAGUGUUGGCAGCUCAAUUAAGGACGAACAUAAACAAAAUUGCAUGCAAAAUUAGCGCAGCUUUGUAACUGUCAAAUUCGCGUUCAAUCACUUCGCCGCUCUUUGCUGCGUGUGUGUUUUUAUUUUUUUAUCUACGCUGUGCAUAAACAAAAAUAUAAAUUUGCGCAUAAACAAUAAGCAAACAAAAAACAGCGCGCGCCAAAAAAAUCAACACUAGGGAUUUUCCUACAAAGUUCAAAGCAUAAUAUUUAUUAUGGAAGUUCAAAACAUACACAAGCAGCAGCUGCUGCCCAGCGCACAUCAAAUCCUUGAUGCCAGAUGUGGGCUAAACGAUUUGUAUCCCAUAGCGCGUUUGACACAGAAACUGGACGUGCUCAAUAUGUCAGCGACAAUGGAUAAAGAAUGCCCCUAUACCAUUGAAUUAAUUCGGGAAGAGGACGCUGCGGAGGUGCUGCAAAUGCUCAAGACAUUUUUCUUUAAGGAUGAACCACUGAAUACAUUUCUUGAUCUGGGCGAGUGCAAAGAACUGGAAAAAUAUUCAGUUAAAUCGCUCAAGGAUAAUUGCAGCUACAAGGCAGUCAACAAGAAUGGCGAGAUCAUUGGAGUAUUCUUAAAUGGAUUGAUGCAUAGAUCGUCAGCUACAGAUGCACCAGCUGAGAAGGCGGCGGAUUCCUGCGAACAUCCCAAGUUCAAGAAAAUAUUGUCGCUAAUGGAUCAUGUGGAGGAUCAGUUCAACAUCUUUGAUCUUUAUCCCAGCGAGAAUGUCAUACUCGAUGGCAAAAUCAUUUCCGUAGACACCAAUUAUCGUGGUCUGGGCAUUGCCGGACGUUUGACGGAACGCGCCUAUGAGUACAUGCGUGAGCAGCAUAUUAAUGUCUAUCAUGUGCUCUGCUCCAGUCACUACUCGGCGCGUGUUAUGGAGAAAUUGGGCUUCCAUGAAGUGUUUGAAAUGAAAUUCGCCGAUUAUAAGCCGCAGGGUGAGGUCGUCUUCAAGCCGGCACAGCCACAUGUGGGCGUGCGCAUACUGGUCAAGGAGCUGGAGCAGAGCAAGCCCACAUCGAGCUUGUAAUUCCUUUGCUGAGGCAUUUUGUAGAAACAUAUGUGAUUUUUUAGUUUGUAGUUUUUGGUGGCGGGGCAUCUAGACAAAUAUGUAUUUCAGUUCAUUCAAUUUUAAAUAGAGUACGAUUAGCGCAAAAUACACACACACACACACACAAACAAACAUACAUGUACAAGUUUAUAAAAAAUAUUUAUACAAUUUCAUUUGGCCCACGCAAUGUUAAUUUUAAGUGUUUAGCAUGUGCUCAAAGAUUUCUAUGAAUAAACAUAAAAUAGUUCUUGAA